AUUACGAUGUUUGGCUAGAACAAAAUGGAAAGACUUAGUCAUAUGCGUCCAUGGCCAUGUCUUCAGGCUCCCGCGGCUUGCCAGACCCAGAGCCCCCUUGGUCUAUAUUUAGCGGCUUCCGAGCAAGCCUUUGCUGCCGGCUUCACAGGUUUCGGGGGCUUCUGCGUGCUGACAAUAGACAGCCAGGCUCUGGAAAGCGCUGCCUGAAAGCCACGAGCUAUGCCUGUCCCAGACCAGCCUUCAUCAGCCUCAGAGAAAACGAGUUCCCUGAGCCCCGGCUUAAACACCUCCAACGGGGAUGGCUCUGAAACAGAAACCACCUCUGCCAUCCUCGCCUCAGUCAAAGAACAGGAAUUACAGUUUGAAAGGCUGACCCGAGAGCUGGAGGCUGAACGGCAGAUCGUAGCCAGCCAGCUGGAGCGAUGCAAGCUCGGAUCCGAGACCGGCAGCAUGAGCAGCAUCAGUUCAGCAGAAGAGCAGUUUCAUUGGCAGUCACAAGAUGGUCAAAAAGAUAUCGAAGAUGAGCUUACAACAGGUCUCGAGCUGGUGGACUCCUGUAUUAGGUCACUACAGGAAUCAGGAAUACUUGACCCACAGGAUUAUUCUACAGGUGAAAGGCCCAGCCUGCUCUCCCAGAGUGCACUUCAGCUCAAUUCCAAACCUGAAGGGUCUUUCCAGUAUCCGGCCAGCUACCAUAGCAACCAGACCCUGGCCCUGGGGGAAAGCACCCCUUCACAGCUCCCGGCCCGAGGCACACAAGCCCGAGCUGCGGGCCAGAGCUUCAGCCAGAAAUUUUUUAAUGCUGAAAAGACGAAGCAAAUUCAUUCUGACUUAAUAUUUUUCCCUCCGUUUAACUUUUCGUUGUCCAAAAAGAAGAAUCCACGCGACAAUCGCAACAGAAUAAACCGUAAGAAUAGUCAGCUGGCCUGUGCCAGUGUCAGGACAAGAAAUACGCCCCAGGAGAGUCUAGGGCGCAGGUUCGCGUCCAGUCCUGAGCACAGCUGGGCUCGCAGAGCCGCCGGGCACCCGCGGCAUCCCCGGUGUGCCCCUACUCUCGGGACCGGGCUGGGCCGGGUGGACCGUGUGGGCCCGCGCGGCUCCUCGCCCAAGCAGUCGCCCAGCCGCCUGGCCAAGUCCUACAGCACCAGCUCGCCCAUCAACAUCGUCGUGUCCUCGGCCGGCCUGUCCCCGAUCCGCGUGACCUCGCCCCCCACCGUGCAGUCCACCAUCUCCUCCUCGCCCAUCCACCAGCUGAGCUCCACCAUCGGCACGUACGCCACCCUGUCGCCCACCAAGCGCCUGGUCCACGCGUCCGAGCAGUACAGCAAGCACUCGCAGGAGCUGUAUGCCACGGCCACCCUCCAGAGGCCGGGCAGCCUGGCAGCUGGGUCUCGAGCCUCAUAUAGCAGCCAGCAUGGGCACCUGGGCCCGGAGCUGCGGGCCCUGCAAUCCCCAGAACACCACAUAGAUCCCAUCUACGAAGACCGCGUCUAUCAGAAGCCCCCUAUGAGGAGUCUCAGCCAGAGCCAGGGGGACCCUCUGCCGCCAGCACACACCGGCACCUACCGCACGAGCACAGCCCCAUCUUCCCCUGGUGUCGACUCCGUCCCCUUGCAGCGCACAGGCAGCCAGCACGGCCCGCAGAAUGCCGCCGCGGCCACCUUCCAGAGGGCCAGCUAUGCCGCCGGCCCGGCCUCCAAUUACGCGGACCCCUACCGACAGCUGCAGUACUGUCCCUCUGUUGAGUCUCCAUACAGCAAAUCCGGCCCUGCUCUCCCGCCCGAAGGCACCUUGGCCAGGUCGCCGUCCAUUGAUAGCAUUCAGAAAGAUCCCAGAGAGUUUGGAUGGAGAGACCCGGAACUGCCAGAAGUGAUUCAGAUGCUGCAGCACCAGUUUCCCUCAGUCCAGUCUAAUGCGGCAGCCUACUUGCAACACCUCUGUUUUGGAGACAACAAAAUUAAAGCCGAGAUAAGGAGACAAGGAGGCAUCCAGCUCCUGGUGGACCUGUUGGAUCAUCGGAUGACCGAAGUCCACCGUAGUGCCUGUGGAGCUCUGAGAAACCUGGUAUAUGGGAAGGCUAACGAUGAUAACAAAAUUGCCCUGAAAAACUGUGGUGGCAUCCCAGCACUGGUGAGGUUACUCCGCAAGACGACUGACCUGGAGAUCCGGGAGCUGGUCACAGGAGUCCUUUGGAACCUCUCCUCAUGCGAUGCACUCAAAAUGCCAAUCAUCCAGGAUGCCCUGGCAGUACUGACCAACGCAGUGAUUAUCCCUCACUCAGGCUGGGAAAAUUCGCCUCUUCAGGAUGAUCGGAAAAUACAGCUGCAUUCAUCACAGGUGCUGCGUAACGCCACCGGGUGCCUAAGGAAUGUUAGUUCGGCCGGAGAGGAGGCCCGCAGAAGGAUGAGAGAGUGUGAUGGGCUUACGGAUGCCUUGCUGUACGUGAUCCAGUCUGCGCUGGGGAGCAGUGAGAUCGAUAGCAAGACCGUUGAAAACUGUGUGUGCAUUUUAAGGAACCUCUCGUACCGGCUGGCGGCAGAAACGUCUCAGGGACAGCACAUGGGCACGGAUGAGCUGGACGGGCUACUCUGUGGCGAGGCCAAUGGCAAGGACGCUGAGAGCUCUGGUUGCUGGGGCAAGAAGAAGAAGAAAAAGAAAUCCCAAGAUCAGUGGGAUGGAGUAGGACCUCUUCCAGACUGUGCUGAACCACCAAAAGGGAUCCAGAUGCUGUGGCACCCAUCAAUAGUCAAACCCUACCUCACACUGCUCUCUGAGUGCUCAAAUCCAGACACGCUGGAAGGGGCGGCAGGCGCCCUGCAGAACUUGGCUGCAGGGAGCUGGAAGUGGUCAGUAUAUAUCCGAGCCGCUGUCCGAAAAGAGAAAGGCCUGCCCAUCCUCGUGGAGCUGCUCCGAAUAGACAAUGACCGCGUGGUGUGCGCGGUGGCCACGGCGCUGCGGAACAUGGCCUUGGACGUCAGAAAUAAGGAGCUCAUCGGCAAAUACGCCAUGCGAGACCUAGUCCACAGGCUUCCAGGAGGAAACAACAGCAACAACACGGCAAGUAAGGCCAUGUCGGAUGACACAGUGACAGCCGUCUGCUGCACGUUGCAUGAAGUGAUAACCAAGAACAUGGAGAAUGCCAAGGCCUUACGGGAUGCCGGUGGCAUCGAGAAGUUGGUCGGCAUCUCCAAAAGCAAAGGAGAUAAACACUCUCCAAAAGUGGUCAAGGCCGCAUCUCAGGUCCUCAACAGCAUGUGGCAGUACCGAGAUCUGAGGAGUCUCUACAAAAAGGAUGGAUGGUCACAAUACCACUUUGUAGCCUCGUCUUCAACCAUCGAGAGGGACCGGCAAAGGCCCUACUCCUCCUCCCGCACGCCCUCCAUCUCCCCUGUGCGCGUGUCUCCCAACAACCGCUCAGCAAGUGCCCCAGCUUCACCUCGGGAAAUGAUCAGCCUCAAAGAAAGGAAAACAGACUAUGAGUGCACCGGCGGCAACGCCACCUACCACGCACUCACAGCCCCCUCCGAACUCUCCAUACUUCACCGUCUCCCUGGAUGGCCCUCCUCCAAGAAGCACUACGUGGACUCUGGCUGUAGAGGGAGUUAUACCUUAAAAGCAGAGUCGCUGGAACCCCGAGGACCUUUCAACGGGGACCCCACACCCUCUUUACCACAUGGGCGUGGAGAUGGGUCCCUGCUGAAAAUAGGCUAUGAAGAAGAGCCUUUAAUAGAACAAGGCCAGUUAGCUCAAAACACUGGAAUUUCAACUUUGUAUAGGAAUUCAUAUGGUGCGCCCACUGAAGACAUCAAACACAACCAGGUUUCAGCACAGCCAGUCCCACAGGAGCCCAGCAGAAAAGAUUACGAGACCUACCAGCCAUUUCAGAAUUCCACAAGAAAUUACGACGAGUCCUUCUUCGAGGACCAGGUCCACCAUCGCCCUCCCGCCAGCGAGUACACCAUGCACCUGGGUCUCAAGUCCACCGGCAACUACGUUGACUUCUACUCAGCUGCCCGUCCCUACAGUGAACUGAACUAUGAAACGAGCCACUACCCAGCCUCCCCCGACUCCUGGGUGUGAGGAGCGGGGCACAGGCGCUCCGGGAACAGUGCAUGUGCAUGCAUACCACAAGACAUUUCUUUCUGUUUUAUUUUUUUUUUCUUCUGCAAAUUUAGUUUGUUAAAGCCUGUUCCGUAGGAAGGCUGUGAUAACCAGUAAGGAAAUAUUAAGAGCUAUUUUAGAAAGCUAAAUGAAUCGCAAGUUAACUUGGAAAUCAGUAGAAAGCUAAAGUGAUCCUAAAUAUGACAGUGGGCAGCACCUUUCUAGUGUGAGCUGUAGAGUAACGAGAAGCGCUUUAUACUGAACGUGGCUAAUGGGAGGAGAGACGAGGCAUUUGGGCCGGUGGGGCGUGAGGGUUAUCGUUAAGCACAAGACACAGAAUAGUUUACACACUCUAUGGGGGACGGCUUCUCACGCUUUGUUUACUCUCUUCAUCCGUUGUGACUCUAGGCUUCAAGUUGCAUUGGGGUUCCUCUGUACAGCAAGAUGUUUCUUGCCUUUUGUUAAUGCAUUGUUGUAAAGUAUUUGAUGUACAUUACAGAUUAAAGAAGAAAAGCGCGUUGUGUAUAUUACACCAAUGCCGCCGUGUUUCCUCAUCUAUGGUUCUAAAUAUUGCUUCAAUUUCGAACUUUUGAAAGAUGUAUGGAUUUCCAGUUUUUCUUUUCUUUACUUUCUCCCAGUAUGUUUUAACAAAAAAAAAAAAAAAAAAGCAGGAAAAAAGGAGUAUUUAGCAGUAUUGUUCGUUCUGAUAUGUGAAUUUGUUUGUGGCAACUAAACAAGGCAUUCAGCAGUUUCUGACAAUUAACAUACAUCAUUCCACACUCCUUGUCAACAAAGUGCUUUUUCACUGCCUAAAAUUUUAGAUGUAGAUAUUUGAAAUAGAUUUUUUCAUUUAUACCAGUUUUCUUUAUGAUGAUACAGUGUUAAAAGAAAAUAAAUUACAAUUGAUCUGUCAUCCAUAUUUGCUAAGAAUGUCUAUUUCCAAGGACCUAUAUCUUAUAAAAUACACAUUCUUGCUUGUGUGUCUGUGUGUGUGUGGGUGUAUGUAUGUCCACAUACUAGAAAAAUGACCUGUGUGAGAUUUUGUUUUGAUAGAAGCUAUUUCAUUUGCUGUUCAUCUUGUACAAACUUUGUUUUUGGUUUUUUAGUAUAAAUGUACAUCGGUUUGUUCCUUUUGUACUGUAUCUAUUCUUCUGACCAUCUAGUGACUCAGGAUAUUAGGCCAGUUGAAGUGGAGUUAUAGGAUUUUCACACAUUCACACAUACUUGGAUAUCAACCCUUUCUACAGGUCCGUUUCCUUACACAUUUUAUCCCCUCAGAACACGAUAAACCAUGGCCAACUCAAUUUCACUUUGGGGCCAAUUACUUGAAGUAUCCACAGAAAAUGUAAACUGCUCGCCUUAUUCCCCCAAACUUUUUGUUCAUGUGGCAGGGAGCAGUAGACAACUAUGGCAUAGAUUAUUAAAAUUGAACUUGAAGCUAACGUUAGAAUAGUGGUUAACAGAGCUAAGAAAUAAGGCUAACCAUUUAAAAGAACACGGGCCGUGGGUAAAUUAGCUUUGCUCUUUAGAUGCAAGUGACUGAGGCCAAUAGGUGCCUAGUAAAUGUUAACUGUUCUUGGAAAAAAUAAAAACAUAAGUA